UAUGUAAUUUUCUCAGUAGCCAAACAGGCCUCCAUUUUUAUUGGGUUUUUAUUUUCUUUUUUGGGGGGCUUUUUCUUCUUGUAAAACAAAUGCCUGAACACUAAACAGGUGGUAUAUAAGGGAGUUUGAGAAUCAGUUUGGUUUUUUUUUUUUUGGGUUCAUUGAACCUAGACAAAAAUUUGGGCUUUUUCAUCUACCUUAAUCUUCCUCUCUGUGCCCCUUCAAAGAUUGCCCCUUCUUUUAUAAAUUGAAUAUUUUAUUUUCUCAGAAACAUGACGACCAUUGAGUGUGGGAAAGAGAAGGUGCAAACUCUUUGCUUGCGUUUUGCCUUCUCGUGCAUAUCUAGUUUUUAUUCCUUCUCCCCAAUUUUCUGCAUUAUUUUGUGAAUUUGUUUUGUUCUUUUUGCCCUUUCGGAGCUCAAGUGGAUUUUUAUAUUUUCAGAAAGGAAGAACUUUUAGGUUAGGUGUAAAUUGUCCCUUCCACUAUCAGUGGCUUGCAUGAGAAGCGUUUCUAGGAGUUUGAAAAGUCUGACCACAAGUACUUUUUAAGUGCUUAUAUAUGGAAGAGCUUCUCGGCCUUCCCUCAGCAUUCACGUAAGCCCUGCCUACUCCAAAAACAACUUCUGCGAAGUGCCUUCUCCCGCAUCCUCCUUUCAUUUGUGAACUGAUUAUCCAUGGCUUCAAUUCAUUCAAGCAACGAGGACAUCGAAGCCAAAGAAUUGGACACCAGAAGCGUGUCAUCUUCUCGCAAUCAUUCACAGGGUGCGCCAUACAUUCACAAAGUGGGAGUUCCUCCAAAGCAGAACCUUUUCAAGGAAUUCUCGAACACUGUGAAAGAAACCUUCUUUUCAGAUGAUCCUCUACGGCCCUUCAAGCACCAACCUAAGUCGCGAAAGCUCAUCCUUGGCGUGCAGGCUAUUUUCCCCAUAUUCGAAUGGGGGAGAGGCUAUAACCUAUUGAAGUUUCGGGGUGAUCUAAUUGCUGGACUGACUAUUGCUAGUCUCUGCAUUCCUCAGGACAUUGGAUAUGCAAAACUUGCAAACUUGGCUCCCCAGUAUGGAUUGUAUUCGAGCUUUGUUCCACCAUUGAUCUAUGCGAUCAUGGGCAGCUCAAGAGAUAUUGCCAUCGGACCUGUGGCUGUGGUGUCUCUCCUGCUGGGUACACUUCUUCAGAAUGAGAUUGACCCUGUUAAGAACCCAGAUGAUUACCGGCGCCUGGCCUUUACGGCUACCUUCUUUGCAGGCAUCACCCAAGCCACCCUUGGGAUUUUGAGGAUGGGGUUCUUGAUUGAUUUCUUAUCUCAUGCUGCCAUUGUUGGGUUUAUGGGUGGAGCUGCCAUCACAAUUGCUCUUCAACAGCUUAAGGGUUUUCUCGGAAUACAAAAGUUCACAAAGAAAACUGAUAUUGUUUCUGUAAUGCAAUCUGUAUUUCACUCAGCUCAUCAUGGGUGGAACUGGCAGACAAUAGUUAUCGGAGUAUCAUUUUUAUCAUUCCUCUUGCUUGCCAAAUAUAUUGGAAAGAAGAAGAAGAAUCUCUUCUGGGUUCCAGCAAUCGCCCCGCUAAUAUCUGUUAUCCUGUCCACUUUUUUUGUGUACAUAACUCAUGCAGAAAAGGAUGGGGUUGCAAUUGUGAGACAUAUCGAAAAAGGAAUCAAUCCUCCAUCUGUGAAUGAAAUAUUUUUUACUGGUGACUAUCUUGCGAAGGGUUUCAAGAUUGGGGUUGUAGCUGGAAUGGUAGCAUUGACGGAAGCUAUAGCAAUUGGAAGAACUUUUGCUUCCAUGAAGGACUACCAGUUAGACGGAAACAAAGAAAUGGUGGCUCUAGGAACCAUGAAUAUUGUCGGCUCAAUGACUUCCUGCUAUGUCGCGACAGGUUCCUUCUCACGCUCGGCAGUGAAUUACUAUGCCGGAUGCGAAACUGCAGUCUCAAAUAUUGUCAUGUCCGUUGUUGUUUUCCUAACCUUGCAAUUCAUUACACCUCUUUUUAAGUACACCCCGAAUGCCAUUCUUGCUGCCAUCAUUAUAUCCGCUGUGAUCAACCUAGUCGACUUCCAAGCAGCAAUCCUUAUAUGGAAGAUUGACAAAUUCGACUUUGUCGCUUGCAUGGGAGCCUUCUUUGGUGUUAUCUUUGCAUCUGUUGAGAUCGGCCUCUUAAUCGCGGUCUCAAUAUCCUUUGCUAAAAUCCUCUUACAAGUUACCAGACCACGGACUGCAAUACUCGGGAAGAUUCCGAGGACAAAUGUAUACAGAAACAUCCAACAGUAUCCAGAAGCAACGAAGGUUCCAGGGGUUAUGAUUGUGAGAAUUGACUCUGCAGUUUACUUCUCCAACUCCAAUUACAUUAAAGAGAGGAUAUUAAGAUGGUUGGUAGAUGAAGAAGAACAGUUGAAAGAAGCCUACCUACCAAGCAUUCAGUUUUUGAUCGUUGAAAUGUCACCCGUGACUGACAUUGACACCAGUGGAAUUCAUGCUUUGGAAGAGUUGCAUAGGGGUCUCCAAAAGAGAGACAUUCAGCUUGUUCUCGCAAACCCCGGACCGGUGGUGAUUGAUAAGAUUCACGCAUCCCACGUUGCAACCUUGAUCGGCGAAGACAGAAUCUUUCUCACGGUGGCUGAUGCCGUCUCAUCCUGUUCUCUGAAAUUGGUGGAAGAAGCUUAGUGUAAAUGGAAUGUGAUUAUUGUUUGAGAGAGUAAGCACAAACAAAGUAUUGAAAUGGAGAGAGAGGCUUACCAGGUUCUUCAGUUGAAAAGUGGAUGGCCGGGAAGCAAAUGUGAAAGUGGUAAAAGCUGAAGUGUUUGAGUCCAAUGCAAGUAACAAGUAAAAAAGAUAUGUAACAAUAUAAAAAGGUGCAAAUUGGUAAAUGGGUGUUCAAAUUACAGGAAAAAUGUGUGUAGAAUGAGAAUCGAACUGUUGGUUUUCUUUCUACAUAUAGAUUUGUAUGCUUUUGGAUAUGUAUUUGCAAGUUUGGUAUUCCACUUUUAUUUAUCAGUAUAUAAGAGUUUUUGUGAGUUCAAA